GUCAUUUUAUCUGUCACUGUUGGUAUCUUAUUGAACAGAGUGAGAAUGCUCCUAACUAAAUACAUUGAUAAGUAAUAUGUAAUGCAAAUAUCUAGAGUAUAAUCAUACUGUUCAGAGUACAAGACAGGCCCCACAAGAAAUAAUACAGAAGGAAAAUGCUUCGUAUCAUCCGGAGGCUCAGCGCGUUCCAGCCUCCGGCUUCACCGCACGCCACGCGUCCGUACAAAGCUCACAGCAGAACCGCACAAGCAAAGAACCACCGUCGGGGAGCUCAGCUCCAGGAACCACCGUCGGCCCCUCGUCCCCUCCUCCUCCGCCGACUCCCCAUGAACCUCCUACCUUCCCCUCCCGUGCUCCUCCUACCGCCCUCACCUGCUCGCGCGGCUUCCGACGAGCUCAACUGCGCUGUCGGCCGCCGAUGAGGAUGCCGUUGCCAAGGAGUCGUGGGAAGCUGUGCCACGCGGUGCUGCAAGACCACGCCGCCGGUGCUGCUACAGCAGGCCAACGCUUCUUUUUGAGCGGCAGUCAUACUUGCUGCACAGGGUGGCGGUGCCACGGCGGCGGAGCUGCAAAGGCCCGCCGACGGAGCUGCAAAGGCCCGCCGGUGGAGCUGCAAAGAGCCGCCACCGGUGCUGCAAAGGCCCACCGCUGGAGCUGCAAAGGACCACCGGUGGAGCUGCAAAGGGCGGCGGCGGAGCUGCAAAGGGCCGCCGGCGGAGCUGCAAAUCCCCACUGCAUGUGCUGCAAAGGGUCGGCGGCGGAGCUGCGAAGGCCAAUGGUGGAUGCUGCAAAGGCCCGCAGCCGGAGCUGCAAAGGCCAUGCGCGGCUGCUACCAGCGAGGGGCAACGGUGCUGCAAGCGCGAGCGGCGGUGCGACCAGCCGUGGCAGUGGUGCUGCCGGCGGUGCGACCAGCCGUGGCAGUGGUGCUGCCGGCGGUGCUGCCAUAGGAGGAGGAGGGCGCUUCCAUCUGUGGGAGGCGGUGCUACGAGGAGGAAGCGCAUAUGCUGCAAGGAGAGGCGGCGAUGCGUCCCACCGGAGUUCACGCGUCGCCGGCGAGAUCCCUCGGCGUACUUGUUUCUAGGUGUGCUGGGAGGAUGGUGGGCCAAGCGGUGCGACUCUGCGUGAUGUUUUUGUUUUGGUUUUUUCACUUUUUUUCCUCCGUGGAGAACAGAAGAGGUGCACGUGGGGUGGUGGUCCUGGAGGGACACGUGUCGGACGGGGGACUCGGAGGUUCGGGAGGAAAUAAUCCUCCGGAGGAUCCUCAGCACUGUCCAAUACAGAAAUAUGAUGCCCAACACAGUCUUGUUAAGUUGGUGCUACGUUUAUUCUUUAUCCAAUGUUUGAUAACAAAUAGAUAUAUGAUUGUGAGGUAAGAUAUAUGCUGAUUUUAUCUAAGAAAGGUAAUAUUUUAUGUGUUUGACAGAUAGAUUAACAUAAUCUUCUGUCUG